AUGGAUGAGGAGAAUGGCCUCAACGCUUUGCACUUGGCAGCAAAGGAAGGACAUGUGGACAUGGUCCAGGAGCUGCUGGGCAGGGGGUCUUCAGUUGAUUCUGCAACCAAGAAAGGAAAUACAGCUCUCCACAUCGCUUCACUAGCAGGACAAGGAGAGGUUGUAAAGAUCCUGGUCAAGAGGGGAGCAGACAUUAAUGCACAAUCUCAGAAUGGAUUCACUCCCCUGUACAUGGCUUCUCAAGAAAACCAUUUAGAUGUGGUGCGCUAUCUUUUGGAGAAUGGUGGAAACCAGAGCACCGCAACAGAGGAUGGCUUCACACCUCUAGCUAUUGCACUGCAACAAGGCCAUAAUCAGGUGGUGUCCAUCCUUUUAGAGAAUGACACAAAGGGCAAAGUACGUCUGCCUGCCUUGCACAUUGCAGCCCGCAAGGACGACACGAAAUCUGCUGCCCUGCUACUCCAAAAUGACCACAAUGCCGAUGUACAGUCUAAGAUGAUGGUCAAUAGGACAACUGAGAGUGGAUUCACACCCCUGCAUAUCGCUGCUCACUAUGGAAAUGUAAAUGUUGCAACACUGCUCCUCAAUCGAGGGGCUGCUGUGGACUUCACUGCAAGGAAUGGGAUCACACCACUACAUGUUGCGUCUAAGAGGGGAAACACUAAUAUGGUUCAUCUGCUGUUGGACAGAGGGGCUCAGAUUGAUGCCAAAACAAGGGAUGGCCUCACACCUUUACACUGCGCAGCAAGAAGUGGGCAUGACACAGCAGUGGAGCUCUUAUUGGAGAGAGGAGCCCCUAUGCUGGCCAGAACCAAGAACGGUUUAUCUCCACUCCACAUGGCAGCGCAGGGUGACCAUGUGGAGUGUGUCAAACACCUGCUGCAGCACAAGGCACCUGUUGAUGAUGUCACACUGGACUACCUGACAGCCCUCCAUGUUGCCGCCCACUGUGGUCACUACAGAGUUACCAAACUUCUAUUAGACAAGAGAGCCAACCCGAAUGCUCGAGCAUUGAAUGGUUUCACUCCUCUACACAUUGCCUGUAAGAAAAACAGAGUCAAAGUGAUGGAGCUCUUGAUCAAGUAUGGAGCAUUCAUUCAAGCUAUCACUGAGUCUGGUCUCACACCAAUCCAUGUGGCAGCCUUCAUGGGUCACCUCAACAUUGUUCUUUUACUACUGCAGAAUGGAGCCUCCCCUGAUGUUAGCAAUAUACGUGGAGAGACCGCUUUGCACAUGGCUGCCCGUGCUGGACAGAUGGAAGUUGUCCGCUGUCUUCUGAGAAAUGGAGCCAUGGUGGAUGCAAGAGCAAGGGAGGAUCAGACUCCGCUUCACAUUGCAUCUCGUCUGGGUAAGACAGAGAUUGUCCAGCUCUUGCUACAACACAUGGCUCAUCCAGAUGCAGCAACCAUUAAUGGUUACACCCCCCUUCAUAUCGCUGCACGCGAGGGACAUCUGGACGUUACUUCAGUGCUGUUGGAGGCUGGCGCUUCUCACUCUUUAGCUACCAAGAAAGGGUUCACGCCUUUACAUGUGGCAUCAAAAUACGGUAGCCUGGAUGUGGCAAAACUACUUCUACAGCGGCGGGCACCCCCUGACUUUGCUGGGAAGAAUGGUCUUACUGCUCUACAUGUCGCUGCUCACUAUGAUAACCAGAAGGUGGCGCUCCUGCUUUUGGACAAAGGAGCAUCUCCCCAUGCCACAGCCAAGAAUGGAUACACUCCCCUUCAUAUAGCAGCAAAAAAGAAUCAAAUGGAAAUAGCUACAACACUCCUACAGUACGGAGCUGAGACCAACAUCCAGACCAAACAGGGUGUGAUGCCGCUCCAUCUGGCUUCCCAAGAGGGACACAGUGAGAUGGCAGCUCUGCUUCUGCAAAGAGGAGCUAAUGUCAAUGUACCCACUAAGAGUGGACUUACACCCCUUCAUCUUGCUGCCCAAGAAGACAGAGUAGGUGUUGGUGAGAUUUUAGUUAAGCACGGUGCCAACAUUGACCAACAAACCAAAUUGGGAUACACACCACUUAUUGUUGCCUGCCACUAUGGAAAUGCAAAGAUGGUUAAUUUUCUGUUGAAGAGUGGGGGAAGUGUCAAUGCUAAAACAAAGAAUGGAAACACCGCUCUUGCCAUCGCACGUCGCCUUGGUUACAUUUCUGUGGUUGACACUCUGAGAGUAGUCACAGAGGAAAUUAUCACUACAACAACGACGGUGACAGAGAAACACAAGCUAAAUGUGCCAGAGACCAUGACAGAAGUCCUUGAUGUGUCUGACGAAGAGGUUCCAAGACAGGUAGAUGAUGGGGCUAUGUCUGAUGACUCUCUUGAUUUUGAAGGUGAUGACACCAUGACAGGUGAUGGUGGGGAAUAUUUGAGAGCAGAGGAUUUGAGAGAGUUAGGAGACGACUCUCUACCUGGGCAGUACCUGGAUGGUAUGAACUACUUGCGCUUCAGUUUAGAAGGAGGCCGAUCAGACAGUCGCUUACAAAGUUUGGACAGGUCCUACACACCCACUCACCAAAGUUACUACCCUGCAAGACACUAUGGGAUGAUGGAGGAUAUGAUAUACAGCAACCAGGUGUCUUCACUUGCACGAGAAAAUGAAAAGGACUCAUAUAGCUGGGAAACGGAAAACUUGGACAACAUAGCACUUUCCUCAAGUCCUGCUCAUUCCGGCCGUUGUUCUCCAUGUCAUGACCAUGACAAUAGCAGUUUCUUAGUCAGCUUCAUGGUGGAUGCCCGUGGAGGUGCCAUGCGUGGAUGCCGCCACAAUGGUCUACGACUGAUCAUUCCACCACGGAAAUGCAGUGCACCUACUCGAGUCACCUGUAGACUGGUGAAAAGGCACCGACUGGCCACCAUGCCCCCCAUGGUAGAGGGUGACGGUCUAGCUAGCAGGGUGAUUGAGGUUGGACCCUCUGGAGCUCAAUUCCUUGGGCCGGUGAUUGUGGAGAUCCCUCACUUUGCGGCUCUAAGAGGAAAAGAGAGGGAGCUGGUGAUCUUACGCAGUGAAACGGGAGAGAGUUGGAAAGAGCAUCAUUGUGAGUACACAGAAGAAGAGCUCAACCAGAUCCUCAACGGCAUGGAUGAGGGGCUGGACCCACCAGAAGAGUUGGAGAAAAAGCGAAUCUGUCGCAUUAUCACUCGGGACUUUCCACAGUAUUUUGCUGUGGUGUCACGAAUUAAGCAGGACAGUAAUCUCAUUGGUCCAGAAGGUGGUAUUCUGAGUAGCACAGUGGUCCCUCAAGUACAGGCUGUCUUCCCAGAGGGAGCUCUCACUAAACGCAUCCGUGUUGGCCUGCAGGCUCAACCAAUGAGUAUUGAUGUAGUGAGGAAGAAUUUGGGUAAUAAAGCCACAUUCAGCCCUAUAGUCACUCUGGAACCACGGAGGAGGAAAUUCCAUAAGCCCAUAACCAUGACCAUCCCUGUCCCGAAGAGCUCCGCUGACCCAAUCCUUGGCGGCUUUGGAGGUGGAGAUACUCCUACAUUACGUUUGCUAUGCAGCAUCACAGGUGGGACCACUCCUGCUCAAUGGGAGGAUAUCACUGGGACUACACCAUUAACAUUCACCAAUGACUGUGUGUCUUUCACCACAAAUGUGUCUGCCAGAUUCUGGCUUAUAGACUGCAGGCAGGUUCAGGAGUCGGUGAACUUCGCCACUCAGGUGUAUCGUGAAAUCAUCUGUGUACCUUACAUGGCCAAAUUCGUCAUCUUUGCCAAAACACAUGACCCUAUUGAGGCUCGAUUGCGCUGUUUCUGUAUGACUGAUGAUAAAAUGGACAAAACUUUGGAGCAGCAAGAGAACUUCACAGAAGUGGCACGUAGCCGAGAUGUGGAGGUAUUAGAAGGUAAACCAAUCUAUGUAGACUGUUUUGGAAACCUGGUUCCUCUAACAAAAAGUGGUCAGCAUCAUGUCUUCAGCUUCUAUGCCUUUAAAGAGAAUCGACUGGCUCUUUUUAUCAAAAUACGAGACAACACUCAAGAGCCUUGUGGACGUUUGUCCUUCACAAAAGAGCCACGAUCUUAUAGGACUUUGACUCAUAGUGCAAUAUGCAAUUUAAACAUCACCCUGCCAGCUUACUCAAAGGAAUCAGAUUCAGAACAAGAACCUGAUGAGGAGACAAGCCGAACACUUGAGAAAUAUGAUGAAGACACUGAAACAACUGAAACAUCAUUCCUGAAAACACAAUUGAUCCGAGACUCCCCUGCCCUAGCAAGUCCAGAUUUACUAUCUGAAGUGUCAGAGAUGAAACAAGACCUUAUCAAAAUGACUGCUAUUCUGACCACUGAUUCCUCAGAGAAAGCAGGUCCCAUGCAAGGAGAUUAUUUAGAUAAUGGGGUUGAGGAGGUGUCAGCAGAGCCUUUUGAAAUAAUGGAAAAAGUCAAAGAAGAUUUGGAAAAGGUUAGUGAAAUUCUAAGAAGUGGAACAUGUGACAAGGAAGAGUCUGCAAAAACAGACAGCCGUUCAUAUAGGAAGGAUGAGGGGUGGGUUUUACUAACAGAAAGUGAAAUCGAAGAGGCAAAAAUGAUGGUUGCCUUUGAGUCUCAAGAAUCACUUCUAAAGGAAGUUCGAGUCAACAGAGGAUCACAGAGACCAAAGGGUGCUAGGGACAGGCCUGGCAUAGAGACUGUUCCCAGUGGUGAAGUUAAGGAAUACUUAUUGGAUGUGCCUGAUACAUCUAGGCCUGAAUCCCAAGAGUCUCCAUCACAGCAAAGGUUCACUGAGGUUGUUCUGCGCAGAGGUGGUCGGAAAAUAGUGCCUACAGUGGCAAAAGACACUAAGGCCCAUACAACAGACGUAAAAAAGCCAAUCAGAAGAAAAGGGUCUCAAGGACACACAGAUGAAACCCAGUCAUCUGAAAGUAUUGUUAGUGAAAACACUGGGAAGUCUUCCGAAGGGGAUGCCUUUCUACCCGUCCCUGGAUACCAAAAAAAGUCUCCUGUUUCACCAGUGGUUGAGGAGACACCAAUCGGUUCCAUUAAAGAGAAAGUUAAGGCUCUUCAAAAGAAAGUAGAGGAAGAACAAAAAGGUCAGAAAAAACAAACAGGCCAAAAACCUCCAUAUAAAGCAACAGAAGCCAAAGCAUCUUCUGUUGUCAAAGAUCAGAAAACAUCAGGCCUGAAAAAACAGACUUCUUCACCCCAGAAACAGUCUUCUUCUAGGUCAACAGGCUCUGAGCCUGGGAGAGCCCUAGAAGAAACCAUGUCUGUAAGAGAACUAAUGAGAGCAUUUCAAACUGGCCAAGACCCCUCAAAAAGAAAGUCUGGGCUCUUUGAGCACAAAGGUCCUUCCAAAACAGAAGGCACAACAGUGAUUAAACCAGAGGCUAUCCUCACAAAGUCGCAAUGUCUUCCCCAAGCACCCUCACAUGAAGAAGUGUCUCUUGUUUUAAAGCCUGAAGAUCACCACGAAGAAAAAGAAGUCAAAAGUAGUCCACACACAAAAAAAUCUGAAGACAUUGAAGAAGAUACAAAAGCAAGUCAAAAGAGGCGUCAAUGUCCACAGGAAAAGAGUGGUAAGGCUGUGGUUUCUGGAAUAGUGUCAGCAGGUCCUUUUACUCACUCAAGCAUGACAACAAUUUCUCAAAAUUUGUCAGAACAGCGCAGAGAUCUUUUGCCUGACAACGGUACAAAGAACAGUGCAUUUGAUGACAGCUCUGACAGCAUUAGACAUGAAGCAUUGGUCGACUCGUCCAAUGCCAGCCUUGCUGAAGUGGAAGCUCCAUUGAGUUCUGAAGAAAGUUACAAACAUGAGGGCAUGGCUGAGACUCCAGAAACAAGCCCCGAGAGCCUCUCAUUAUCACCGAAAAAACCAGCUCAGUCUAUACUUGCAAAGACCUCAAAAUCAGUAGCAGUCACCCCUAAAGUCAAGACAAGUAAAGUAUCUGUUCCCUUUUCUACUGAGAUAAAGACAACUAAUGAACAGGCAUCUGAAGCUACAGUUCAUCAUCCAGCAUUGAGCAAAGCAGUGGAUGAACCAACAAAAAGUGAGUCUAUGUCUAUUCCUCAUGGAAAUAGGGGGGUGAACUUUGAGGGUGAACAAACUUCUGUUGAUAAGGACGUUGUUUCUGUGCCAUCCAAGCCAUCUAAAUCUCGUAAACUGACAAAAAGAACAUCUGAAACACUAGAGUGUUUUUUGAGCGAUGAGGAAUCCUUUGACGGUCAAUCAAUACCAACUUCUGCUGACUCCCUGGCCUCAAGGGCAGCUACACAGGAUCAUGGUGGUUUAGUGCUACCUCUUAGACAACAAGAUUCAGAGAACCUUAGUCCAGUAGCUGAUGACUCUUUUACUAUUAGCCACAAGGACUCUUUAGAGGGUAGUCCCUUGAUGGAAGACAACUCUUCCAAUAAAACCCCAGACUCUAUUGAGCCUAGUCCAACAAAAGAAUCCCCAUGUCGUGACUCUUUAGAAAGCAGCCCCAUAGAGAUGAAAACCAACCUGGCUUUUCCACCUACAGUAGAACAACCCAGUGUGACCACAGGGCCCCUGACAUCCUCCAAAGCCCCUGAAAUCCCCCCAGACAGUUUGCGUAGUAGAAUGCUCAAAGAACAGGAGGGUAAUGCCGACGAUGACAGUUGUGAGCAGACGUCCCUGAUGACAAGUUCGGGUAAGAGUCCUCUCUCACCUGACACACCAAGUUCUGAAGAGGUAAGUGAUGAGGUCAAUCCCAAAACCCCAGACCCCAUGGUCCUGAUUGUUCCCUUUAAGCCAUCAGUAAUCCCAGAGGAGACAGUAGAAGAUGAUGAGUUGAAGUGUGGCCUGACACAGAGGAAAAUUACUCCAGAGGAAGAGAUGUUUAAAAUGGCUGCCAAAAUAAAAACCUUUGAUGAAAUGGAGCAAGAUGCAAAAGACAAAAAGGACAAUAGAAAAGAUAGUGAAUCCUCUCAGACCUUGGUAGCGUCUGAUGCAGGAGAUGACAGCUUCAAACUGUUUGAGGUUGCGUCCAAACAUGAAACAUUCUCUGUGGAUGAUGUUGGGUUUAGUGAACUCAAACAAGCCUCAGAGAUAGCACGGUCUGUUGAACCGAUCAUUAAAGUACAACCUCCCUCUCCUUUUCCAGCAGGUAUUCAUAAGAGCCCCCAAACAUCUGACGACAUUCAACAAACCAUGGCCCACAGUGCAGCAUCUUCAGCUGAAUCAGCAAUGAGGAGACCUCAGUCUGUCUCAGAAAAGCAUACCAUAAAACCACACCUUCAAGAAUCUCAUAGUGAGAAAUUUAAGGAAAAAGAUAAUGUUGAUUCAGAGUUAGUACAGCUAAACAAAACUGGCUCUAACAGCAAAAAUAUAACUGAUGAACAAAAAGAGCAAAGCUUAAAAAGAUCAAAAGGAAAUCAAGAAAUUUACAGUCAUGAACAGCAGAAGGAGGCAGCUAAUUACCAAAAUGUUGACUACAAAUCACAUAGUCAGGAAGAGUCUAAUGUAACGGAUGAGAUUAAAGGGGAUUACAUGAGGAAUGCAGGGACAUCUUAUGUUGAUAUUUGUAGUGGCAGCUUAGAUAUUGAUACUAUUCCAAUUAUUAUUGGGCAAACAAAAGAAACAUUUAAACCAGAAAUAUGUAUUUAUGAUGACACAGAGGAAGAUGAUGCUGAGGAGGAACCUCCUAAGACUGAAUCUAGGGGAGUUACAGCAAAAGCAGAGACAGACGCCUGGAAUUCAAUGCGAGAAGAUGAUGAUGCAUUUGCAGCAAGAGUCAAAGAGGAAGAGCAAAAGAUCUUGGGUCUGGCUGUAGAUCGGCAUUCCCAAGGGGCGACUCCAGACACAACACCAGCAAGGACACCCACUGAGGAGGGUACACCAACAAGUGAACAAAAUCCUUUCCUUUUCCAAGAAGGAAAACUUUUUGAGAUGACAAGAAGUGGUGCGAUAGACAUGACAAAAAGGAGUUACGAGGAGGAAGGGUUUGCAUUUUACCAAAUAGAGCAACCCAUUGUAGAGGGCAUAGCUGAAGAUGAAGGUAAUGAACCUGUUAGAGCAUCCAAUGAUGCUGAGAAUAAGAUUGGUUGCAACCUCUCUUUGCAAAUAAAAGCAGAGGAGGAUGAAGAGCUCCUUAAAGAGGCUACAGAUUUAUCUGUACAUUCUCCUGCUGGGGAUAAUCUGGCUGCAGCUACAAAGUCAGAUUUUUCAAAGUCUAAAACCCCCAUCAAAUUGGAUGACUCUGCCUCAACCAAAACCUUAGAGAAGGACCAAACAAUGUUAGAGGUUAAAUCAGACGAAGUUAUGAGUGAGGGACAUUUAGUAUCUGAUCCUGGUUCCUCUGACAAUGUCAUAGCCAAUGUCCAGACAGCAGUGUCAACAGUUACUAGAUCAGUUAAUUCCCAACAAGACCAAGAGUCCUCAGAUUCCUCCCCAAAAGAUCAGCACUCAGUAAUAGAACAAACCAAAACCCCUGAAAAGACAGAAUCCCAAAGUAAACCUGUCUCUAAAAGUUACACUGCAGCAUCGCUAUCAUCUACGGCUAGAAAAGGUAUGUCCACCUCCAAAGUGGAAGAGAAACCAAAAUCCCGAAUCCCUGCUAAGGCCAGCUCCCUCAGGUCUGAAUGUGUAGAACAUGCCAAGGACAAGAAGUCAAAGUUGCCCAUAAAACCUCAAUCAAGGAGAAAAUCUGAGACAGACACAAGCCGAUCCAUCACCUCCAGUUUAACAAAGUCUUCCAAAGCCAAGAGCUUCUGUGAAAGUGAUUCCACCAAGAAACCAACCAAAAAGGACCAGAAUCGUCCAACAAGCACUGACCUAUCCAGCACAACUAAGACACUUCCUUCAAGAAUACCAGUCAGGGGAAAGCCUGGCAUGCCAGUUCAAACUUCCACACCAGCAAAACAAAAAAAGGGUCGGCCAACUGACACAAACAAACAGUCCAUUGCAUUUUUUGAAGAGAUUAGUCAAGAAGCAGCUAAGGUAGUGGAGAGUUUGGCUCAGGCAGAGAAAGACAAACAUGAGGCUGCUGCCUUGUCUGAUGAUGAAAGCAGUACAAUUAAUGCCUCAGUAAUAGAGAGUGAACCUUUCAUUGACAUGCAAAUGCCUUUCCCUGAGGAUUCCUUGGUCAUUAGGCCCCGAUGGGACAACCCUGUUGAGACGCAGAUGGAACGAAUCCCUGCUGAUAAAGUCCGAUGUCAAGUAGAUCCACAGGAUGAGGCUGACAGGAAAGAGGGGCGUCUGGCUUUAAUAGCGGAUCACCUUGGUUUCAGCUGGUCAGAAUUGGCUCGAGAGCUUGAAUUCAGUGAGCUACAGAUCAAUCAGAUAAGAAAUGAGAAUCCAAAUUCUCUACAAGACCAAAGCCAUGCCCUCAUAAGGCUAUGGAAAGAAAGGGAGGGCAAAAAUGCUACAGCAGAGACCACUUUGAUGAAGACACUUACAAAAAUAAAUCGUAUGGACAUUGUUCAUCUCAUCGAAACAAAAAUCAUCCAGUUCAGUCAAGACCAGUCAUCACACACCUAUGCAGAAAUUGAGCAAACCAUAUCAUUGGAUCAUAGUGAAGGUUUUUCAGCCCUACAGGAGGACAUGGACAGCCCCAGGCCAGGUCGGCGAGCAGAAGUCACACAAAAAGGAUCAGAACUUGGGCCUCUGGUGGCAUCUGUCGAGGAUCUCUCCUGCAAUGUAUCUUCCCUUGAUGAUACCCAAAAAGAGAGGUUGCUGACAGACAAAGAGAUGGGUUCAGAGGUGGUCGGAGCCUCAGCACAUAGUUCCGUUGAUAUGGUUGGACUGAGACAACAAUUCCCUGGCACUAUCAAAAGAGGUGACGAGAUGCCUGAAAUCCCUCCUCAGACUGUGACAGAAGAGAAAUACACUGACGAGUAUGGGAACAUGGUGGUCAAAAAGAUAACAAGGAAAGUCAUCCGUAAGUAUGUGUCAGCAGAUGGAGUAGAGAGAGAGGAAGUGAUGCUGGAGGGUCCGCAGCAGGAAGCUGUCACUGUGGAUGAGGCUGACGGUUUCUCUAAAGUUGUGAAGAGGACAGUGGUGCAGAGCGGGGGAGAGCAGACCGAGGUAACGUUCUCUGAACCUUUAUCUUACAUUGGGGCGACAUCUUCUGAGUUCGAGGAAGAGCCUGUCCAAGGUCGGAAGGUCAGCAAAGUCAUCAAAACUAUGGUUGUGCAAGGUGAACGAAUGGAAAAACUAAUUGGAGACCCUUCACUCUCAUCGGAUCUCCCAUCAGCCAAAGACGACUUUGAAAAGGCUUUGAGCUAUGUAGGAAGCUUUGGAAAAGUGCACCUGCCUCAUUUAGUUGAGAAAGAGAUGGUCAAAGAGGAUGGAUCAGUGGUCAGAAGGACCCGGAUGCAUAAGUCGCGCACUCAUAAAAGCACAGUAGUGAAGGAUGGCCAAGCCAAACAAACCCACCUGGAACGACUGGAGGACACCCCGGAUUCCCUGCGACCCGAUGACCUACAGCAGCAUCUGCAUCAGCUGCUUCAACGCUACUGUACCCCAGAGGUGACCGAAGAGCCUGAUGUAGGACAAGAUUCAGACACAGGAGAGCAGGACAAACAAUAAGGCAUCACCUCCUGCUGUAUGUGUGUUUGGUUGUGGCAGGCAUUUAAUACAAAUUUCUGCAUAUUUAUGUCUGUAGCCCUUUCUAAUAGCACAAAAUAAUUAUUCACUUGCUUACCAGAUCCCCUUAUAUUAUUUAUUGCUUGAUCUUUUCAUUCAUGGCAAAUAAUGGAAACAUUUUAACUGCAUUAUGGCUGAAAGUCUUUUUUGUUUUGUUCCUGCCUCCUGAUCCUUUUUUGUGUGUGUGACCAAAGAUAGUGUUACCUGAAUUGCUGAGUGAUUUGUAUGAAACAUAGAUGUUUUGUAUGUGUGUGCGUGUCAUUUUGGUUGCUGUGGUACUGUAGAAGCAGAAAUAAACAUAAUAAUAAAAAAAAUGAAUAUGGGUCAGUUUGGAUGCUGAGCUCAUUGUCUGGCCACUAAAGGUGUGAAGACAUUUGUAAAUAAUGGCCUUUGAUUGAAAAUGUUUAAAAACACUGUCAUAUACUCCUUUGUCUCCUGUAACUGCUGUACAACUGCAUCAAUGGACUGCUGUAAUUAAAAACAUGUCAGAUUACUUGCUCAAAAUCUCACAACAGACCUGAUGAAAUAUCAUCAAAAUAUCUUUGGGGCAUGUGAGUUUGUAACCACAGUUAAUCAAGUGCAAGCAAUCAGCCAUCUGAUAUAACUGGCUAUGUAUUUAUACUGGCUAUGACUGAGAUUUAAAAGCAACAAAUAAAUAUCAUGCAGUAGUCUUUCUUAAUCCCAGAAUGCUUCUGAAUGGUUUUUACACAGUUUACGUGAGAAUUUAUCAGUUUUAAGUGAAAGAAUGCUGUCAUUAUCUACACAUCCAGUUAUUUUGUGUCAUUGACCUAUUUGUUUUCACUGUUUAACCUAUGUGUGUGUUCUCAGAUCUCCUCUGUGACAAUGCAAUUAUGUUUGUUUAUUGAAAACAUUUUCUUUUUCUUUUUGAACGAGUUAAAUAAAUCCCAUUUUCUGUUU